CAUAGAGGGAGAUGUGAGAUGCUAAACAGCAACACCUUUGUGUAUAGUUUAUAACACAUCUAUUACCUCAGCAGUCCAAGACUGGUAAUAAUCAGAUUCUACAGCGGAACUUGCUAGACUUUUUUCAGCUAUUUUCAUCUGACCACAUCUGACCGCAGCAAAGAUUCCACCAACAUGAGGAUAGUUCUGCUGGGUACGCCUGGAGCAGGGAAGAGUGCGACAGGAAACACCAUCCUGGGGAGAGAGGUGUUUAGAGAGGAGACUGGAUCAGGGAAGAGUGUGAUGGGGGAAAGAGAGGUGGAGGGGAGGAGCAUCACUGUGAUUGACACUCCUGGUAUUUACAGCACAACACUGACUGAAGAACAACUGUAUGAGGAAAUGAAAGCCUGCAUCUCUCUCUCUUCUCCAGGCCCUCAUGUGUUUCUUCUGGUUAUCAGGCUGGAGAGAUUCACAGAAGAAGACAGGAAUGCUUUGUCAUGGAUCCAGGAAAACUUUGGUGAGGAGGCCUUGAGUUACACCAUGGUGUUAUUCACCGGAAGAGAGAAACUAACCAGGAAGCAAUGGGAGGACUUUGAGAGGACUGAAACAACUAAACAACCAAUUAGUGUGUGUGGGGGAUGGUAUUAUGCUCUCAACAGUAAGCCAGAGGUCUACACCACUCAGGUCACAGAGCUGCUGAGGAAGAUAGAAGAGAUGGUGGAGAGGAAUGGAGGAAGGCACUACCUAGAGGAGAGGUACCAGGAGAGGGAGAAGAGAAAGGAGGAGAUGACUGAGAGGGAGAGGGAAUUAGGGAGGAGAGAGGAAGUGGUGGAGAGGAUGGAGGAGGAGUUAAGGAAUGCACAGAGACAGGAGGAGAAGAGACAGGAGGAGGAGAAGAAGCAAAUACAAGAGAUGAAGAGACAGGAGGAGGAGCAGAAGAAACAGGAGGAGAAGAAGAGACAGGAGGAGGAGCAGAGGAGACAGGAGGCGAAGAAGAGACAGGAGGAGGAGCAGAAGAAACAGGAGGAGGAGCAGAAGAGACAGAAGGAGGAGCAGAAGAGACAGAAGGAGGAGAAGAGGCAGAAGAGACAGGAGGAGGAGAGGAAGAGACAGGAGGAGGAGCGGAAGAGACUGGAGGAGGAGCAGAAGAAACAGGAGGAGAAGAAGAGACAGGAGGAGGAGCAGAGGAGACAGGAGGCGAAGAAGAGACAGGAGGAGGAGCAGAAGAAACAGGAGGAGGAGCAGAAGAGACAGAAGGAGGAGAAGAAGAGACAGAAGAGACAGGAGGAGGAGCGGAAGAGACUGGAGGAGAGGAAGAGACAGGAGGAAGAGCGGAAGAGACUGAGGAGGAGCAGAAGAGACAAGUGGAGGGAGAACUCUUGUUAUUAG